AUGCCCAAAGACCGAAGCCACAAACGGAGGACCCUGCUUGUCGUGGGCGUGCUGUUCCAUCUGCUGUAUCUGUGGUCCAUCUUUGACAUCUAUUUUGUCAGUCCGUUGGUCCAUGGAAUGAACCAUUUUGUCAGCACAGACAGUCCUCCAGCCAAACGUCUUUUCCUCAUCGUUGGCGAUGGACAGCGCGCUGACAAGACACUGGCCAAAAUCUACAACCCAGAGACCGGCAAGAGCGAAUAUUUGGCACCGUACAUCCGCUCUUUGAUAGAGACUCAGGGCACGUACGGUAUCUCGCACACCAGAAUGCCUACCGAGUCGCGACCAGGCCAUGUGGCCAUGAUUGCAGGCUUUUACGAGGACGUGAGCGCGGUCACGAAAGGCUGGAAAGAAAAUCCUGUUGAUUUCGACUCUGUCUUCAACCAGUCGGCCCAUACUUACUCUUUUGGCUCGCCAGACAUUCUACCCAUGUUCGCUGCCGGGGCAUCUGAUCCCAGCAGAGUGGACACCUGGAUGUACGGGCACGAGUUCGAGGAUUUCACGUCGUCGUCCAUUGAGCUCGACAAGUUUGUGUUUGAGCAUCUCGACCAGCUGUUCGAUAAUUCCACCAAAGAUCCAGCUUUGGAUGCCCAGAUCCGACAGGAGAAAAACGUGUUUUUCUUGCAUCUGCUGGGAACAGACACGGCCGGCCACAGCUACAGACCGUACUCAAAAGAGUACUACGACAAUAUCCGCUACACGGACGACCAGAUCCGCAAGCUGGUGCCCAAGGUGAACAGCUUUUUCGGAGACGACAAGACAGCGUUCGUGUUCACCGCAGACCACGGAAUGAGCGAUUUCGGCUCUCACGGUGACGGCCAUCCAGACAAUACACGUACGCCGCUGGUUUGUUGGGGCGCGGGUUGCAAGAAGCCAGAUUUCAUCGAGCCGUCCAAAAACGAGUAUCUGGCCAAAGAGCCGCUCGAGAUGGAAACGUGGGGGCUGGACAAUAUCAAACGGCACGACGUGAAACAGGCAGACAUCGCCUCGCUGAUGUCGUUCCUGAUUGGCCUCAAUUACCCUGCCAACUCCGUGGGCGAGCUUCCAAUCGAGUAUCUGGACGUUCCUGAGCUCGACAAAAUCAGAGGACUCUAUCAGAACGCAUUGAGCAUCCACGAGCAGUACCUAGUAAAGCUGCAGGAGGUGGCAAGCAACCAGUUUGACUUCAAGCCGUUCCCAGGUUUCGAAACCAAGUCGGGCCGUGCGUACCAGGCUGAGAUCGAACACCUGAUUGAGCUGGUGUCUGAGGGUGUGACCGAGGCGGAAAAACCAGCCAUUGAGCUCAUCGAGGAGCUCAUUACGGUGUCGCUACGGGGCCUCGACUACCUCCAAAAAUACAACUGGCUGCUGCUGAGAAGUAUUGUCACCCUCGGCUUUGUUGGGUGGAUCGUUUACUCUUUCAUUAUUUUUCUGCAAUUGUACAUUGUGCCGAGCCAUGUGAAGCCCACGAUCCAGACGUCGGCCGGCUGGAUGGAGCAGAUCAGCGUUCACACGCUUUUCGCGUCGCUGGCAGCUGGCCUGGGCUACGUGCUCUACUACCAGAACUCGCCUGUCAACUAUUAUUUCUACACGGCUUUUCCACUCUAUUUUUGGCACAGCAUUGUGGAGCAGCGUGAGACCCUGAUUGUUGGACUCCGUGAAUUUUUCAAAGGAUACAAUAAAUGGUUUAUUUUGUUGGUGUUGGCAGCAAUCGUUGGGUAUUUUGAGUGCAUCACGAUAGGGUUCACAAAUAGGGAAAUUUUUGUGCUCAUGUUUGUGGUCCUAGGGGUCUACCCGAUGGCUGUGGCAAAACUGCCACUUUCACGAGGCCUGGCGUGGGUUACAACGUGCGGCAUCCUUUCCUUUUUUCCCGCGCAAAAUCCUGUCAAAACUGAAACCUUGGAGCUGAUUGUGGCGGGUGGAGUGCUGACUCUGUUGAUCGGCGCAGCGGCCCUCUACCACUUGCGCUUGCCCCCAUACACAGCAAACUUGGUGCUGGUGCAAUUGGGACUGGUGGCUCUUGCUAUUGUGUCCACGUCAAAAGCAGUGGUGUCACUGCAGCGCCGAGAAGGAUUACCUAAGGACGCGCAAAUUCUAGGGUGGCUCAACCUGGGGCUCUCGCUACUUGUGCUGCCCUUCUUGCACCAGCGCAGGCCGGACCCGAGUUACAAGACACGUUUCCUGGUCAUCUUCCUGGCGUUUUCGCCGACGUUCGUGAUCCUCACAAUCUCGUUUGAAACCCUAUUCUACGUGCUGUUCUCGGCAAUGGUGUUCCAGUGGAUCGAAGUGGAAUCCGCGAUAUCCUCAAGGGUGACAAAAUGGCCGCAGCUGCUGAGGGUGGCCAUCAUCGGGUUCUUCUUCCUACAGAUCGCAUUUUUCGGAACCGGAAAUAUUGCGUCUGUGUCAACUUUCUCGCUGGAUUCGGUGUACCGGCUGCUGCCGAUAUUUGAUCCAUUCCCAAUGGGCGCACUACUCAUGCUCAAGCUGAUUAUUCCGUACGUGAUUCUGAGCGUGGGACUUGGGCUGAUGAACGUGAAGCUGCAUCUGAUUAUUUUUAGUAUUUCGUCAUUGAUCAUUUCGUUGAGCGACUUGCUAUCGCUCAACUUUUUCUACUUGGUCAAGACCGAGGGCUCGUGGCUGGACAUCGGACUCACAAUCUCCAAUUAUUGUCUCGCAAUAUUGAAUUCGCUCUUCAUUUUGUUGCUCGAGCUGUUGUCCAACAUUUUGCUCGCUAAAACCGAGCUGGCAAAAUCUGGCCACCACACCACGGAGAGGUCGAAAAUCGACCUGACCAUCGACUCGCCCGAGUACAGGUCCAUUAUGCGCGAGGUCAAGCGUGUCGAGUCCCUAGGAGGCUCAAUUGCUACAAGGGUGAAGCGCAGAUCGACAAAGACCUAG